AUGGACGAGUCCCCCGUUAAGACUGAGGGCGCUACUCGCCAUCGCGCCGGCUACAAGUCAUGGAAGAAAAAGUACAGAAAGAUGCGCAUCGUUUUUGAUCAAAAGAUGCACGAUGGCGAGGAGCUACACAAGCAAGAGGAUAAGGCCGCGGCGCUGGUCAAGCGCUUGGCUGUAGAGAAUGAGUACGCCUCCCCUAGGUUCAGCUACGCAAUAACGGAGGAAUUGACUAACCACGAACCCAACAGUCGUCUAUUAGAUCUAUUACUCGAGAUCAACAAUUCUCCGCAGAUCCCACCCGAGAAGCAAGUCGAGGUAUCCCUUGAGCCACCAUCCGACUCCAAAGCGCCCGUCCUGCCCCUGGAUGAAGAACAUGAACUACGUAAAGACACACCAAGAAAACGUCUCGAAGACCUUGUCACUGGUGUUCCACAUUCAACAUACAGCAGUGCAAAGGAGACACUACCACAAAUCGUCAACGAAUUGAAGGCUCCAGAUGGCGAGGCAUUCCCUGCCGACUUCCUAUCCGCCGAUGAUAUCGACAACUACAUCUACGAAAUCGACAUGGCUCUUGAUACCGACGCACCUCAUCUCCCCAGUCUCGCCCCUCGUGCCCAUCCUGGCAACCACCAAGUUUCACAUCCGCAUCUUAAGAACCCGACGAGUGUAACAAAUUGGCUUCGUAAACACGCACCCAAGAUAUUCCUCCAGGAUGGUGAAGCGCAUGGCGACGCCGACGAUAACGAGGGCGGCCACACCGGUGGACGUAAGACGCGUGGGUCACGAGGCGAGCGUGGCGGAAGAGCAAGCACAAGGGGCAAGCGUGUCAGCGCUGCCGUUCGUGCAGCUGCAGCAGACCGCGACGUCGAUGCCAGCAUGGAUGAGGAGCAAGACUUUGCCUCAACGCCUGUCAGCCGGGGCAAGCGCAAGAGAAAUAACGAGGACGACACGGGAUACAAGCCCCGAGGCUCAUCGACCAGGCCUACGAAGAAGAAGCGUAAGAGCGAAGCAGAAGGGACACCCAGUGCGCGCAAGUCGAAGAAGGAUAAGGAGAUUUCUAUCGACCGAACCGACUAG